AUCCCUUUAUAAACUCCAUUCCAUAUACAAACACAAUCUCAAAACCAAAGUAGAAAAAACAAAAACCAAAUAUAUAUAUAUAUAUAUAGAGAGAGAGAGUAUGGCUAGAGAGUGUCAUCCAACACUUAGAGGUGGAAGAAGAGAGACAAAAUACAGCCAUGGAUACCCUCCCUCCGAGCUAGAAGCCCUAGCUAGCAUCUCCGAGGCCUUCUUACCACCAAUCCCAUCGAAGCACGACGUGGGCCCUGUCGCCUCCUUCUACGAAGCCUCCGCCUCUCAGUAUCCGGUUCCUGAUGAGGUAGCGGAGAUGGCGACGAAGAGGGGAUUCUUGGAAGCCAGAAUAAUCGUGAGAGCUCUGCUCAAAUGCUUAUCGACGAGAAUCGGAACGUUGUUGAUCUGUGGGAGUCUUAGCCUUGGUAGUGAGUGGCCAUACUUGAAGAAAUUCUCAGAGAUAUCUUUGGAGAAGAGAGAGAAAGUUGUGCAGAAAUGGAUGCAGAAUUGCUUUCUCACACCUAUUAGGCUUGCCUUUGUGUUCCUCAAGUUCUUGGUCAUGUUUGUUUUCUUCACUCAGGUAGGUGAAGAUUCAAGAAAUCCAGUGUGGAAAGCCAUAGGUUACGAGGUUGACAAAGAUUCGCCGCCACCGCCGUCGAGUUUUUCUCCUAAAGAGAGGCGGCGGCGGCCUCUAGAGAAGGGAAUAGUGGAAAUAAGAAACGAGACGGAUUCCUCACUCCCCAAAUCUCUCGCAGCGAAAGGCCUCAUGGUGUUAGAAACAGACAACAACGUGUGCAUGGUGGAAUGCGACGUGGUCAUCGUGGGCUCGGGCUGCGGCGGCGGCGUCGCCGCCGCAACCCUCGCCGGCCACGGCCUGAAAGUGGUUGUUCUCGAAAAAGGCAACUACUACACAAGCAGUGACUACUCCGCCCUCGAGGGGCCGUCGAUGAACGAGCUCUACGAGUCGGGAGGGAUUCUGGCGAGCUUGGACGGCAACGUGAUGCUCAUGGCGGGGUCCACCGUCGGCGGCGGCUCAGCAGUCAACUGGUCCGCCGCCAUCAAGCCGCCGCCCUCCCUGCUCGAGGAGUGGGGCAGGAAACUGCCCCUCUUCUCGAGCGCGGAGUAUGCGGAGGCAUUGGAGAAAGUGUGUUUUCGACUGGGCGUCACCGACGGAUGCGACAGAGAGGGUUUCCAGAAUCGGAUUCUGCGUACAGGGUGUGACAGACUCGACUUAAAAGCAGAGCGGGUCCCACGGAAUUCGUCUAGUGACCAUUUCUGUGGGACCUGUUGCUACGGAUGUGUCAGAGGAGACAAAAAGGGCACUGACACUACUUGGCUUGUCGACGCCGUCAAUGCCGGCGCGGUCGUCGUCUCCGGCUGCGAAGCCGAGAGGUUUCUGGUGACGAGGCGACGCUGCGUCGGAGUGACGGCGAGAUCCGCGGCGGAGGAGGUUCGAAUGAGGAUACAUAUUAGGGCUAGGGCUACGAUCUCCGCAUGCGGCGCGCUUUUAACGCCGCCUCUCUUGAUCGCGAGCGGCUUGCGUAACCCUAACAUCGGCCGGAAUCUCCACCUGCAUCCGGUGCUGAUGGCGUGGGGGUAUUUUCCGGAGGAAGGUUCGGAGAUUCCGGGCAAGAUCUACGAUGGAGGCAUCAUCACGUCCCUGCACAAAGUGGUUGCUGAUGAUGGUAGUGUAAGGGCCAUCAUAGAGUCCCCGAUCCUCGGGCCAGGGUCGUUCGCGGCCCUGUGCCCGUGGGAGUCGGGGGCGGAGGUGAAGAAGAGAUUGAUGAGAUACUCCCGGACGGCUCACCUGUUCUCGAUGAUCAGAGACAGGGGAGCCGGGGAGGUAAUGAGGCGGGGCCGGAUCAAGUACGACGUUUCUGACGAUUACGAUAGGGAGAACAUGAGGGCGGGGCUGCGCCGGGCGCUGAGGAUACUGGUGGCGGCCGGGGCGGUCGAGGUGGGCACGCAUCAGAGCGACGGGCAGAGGUUGAGGUGCGAGGGGGUCGGGGAGAGGGAGGUGGAGGAGUUUCUCGACACCGUGGUGGCGGGGGAGGGGCCGAGGGCGAUGUCGAGGGAGUGGACGACGUAUUGCUCGGCGCAUCAGAUGGGGAGCUGCAGAAUGGGGGUGGAUGAAGAGGAAGGAGCAGUUGAUGAGAAUGGGGAGAGUUGGGAGGCAAAGGGGCUGUUUGUGUGUGAUGCGAGUGUGCUGCCGGGAGCUGUUGGUGUUAAUCCAAUGGUCACGAUUCAAUCAACGGCAUAUUGUUUGUCUAAUAAGAUUGCUCAAACAUUGAAGAUGGAGAAGAUGUGAAUCUUCAUUCCUUCUUUAUCAACACAUGCUUCAUGAUUCAACCAUGUUUCUUUCUUGUAUU